ACUAUGUUUGAGUUCUCUCUACCUCUAGCCAUGACUGUGCUGUUUCCAUAGAGGUGCAGCGCUUUUAUUUUGCAGUGAGCAAACAUUACUGAUUUUACAUUUUGCUCUCAAUUUACUGCUCGACUUGGUAGAAAAGAGUAAACUUGUUACACAACAUAAGACGGAAUAUUCAAUGACUGACAAACAGGACAAACGCGUUAACACAAAUGAUUUUCCGUCACUGACUGAAUUGUUUUUACCGAUGGCGGAAAUAUCUUACUCUGCAGCCACGUCAUCAUGUUUUGAAUGAAGCCGCUUCUUCUCAAUGCCGUUUGCACUCUGCUUUGUACGUGUGCAGAACGAGGAGGAGCCGGUCGUCGUGCUGGUGAAGAUGGAGGAGGUGGAGCCGGCGACGAGGACUCGGAGCCAGUCAGGCCUCAACAUACAAGAGGGUUUGGUGGAGUCGAGCACCGAUGACUACAGAGCAGUUUUGCCAUUCGAUGAAAUCACACAAACGUCCACCAAUCAGCUGUGUGACCUGCAGGAGUCUGGGCCAGGCUUCUCAGAGUCUGCAGCUCCUCAGUCGACGCCUGUGGUAUCGCAAGACCCCAGCAGUACAGUGGCAGUCCAGCUGAGGGUACCAGACACCAACACGCCAGCCAACCCCAAAACACAAGAACAGCAGAGGUCCAGUAACGACAAUUCUGAAUACUCUCUGUUUGAACUGGAGACCUUCUUCACCCGCUGGGCUCCUGAUAGUGACUCUAUGUCGGCCCGCAGUGGCCCUUCAUGUCCGUUCACCACUGAUGACUCGGCAGAGUGUGACCUGGAUGGAGUUAUUAUUGUGGAGACCGAACCUCAAUCCGUGCUGCAGCCACCACAAGUCUCACUUUCCACAGCAGUGAGGAUGAGCAGAGGGCCGAGUUACUCCUCCGGUCCGAUCCAGCCAACUGUGUCACAAGAGACUCCCAUGUCCAUACCUGUGUCGAUGCACGCUCCGUCCUCCCAGCCUCCAUGGAGCAAAAAAACAGUCAUGAUAGGAAGUGCACAGGCUCACCUGCAGCGGCAUCGUGACAGGAACAGGGUUUCUCAGCAACAGCACAGCGUUCCCUCUGCACAGACCACACUGUCCACCGCCACGGCCGCCGUUAGUAACACCCACAGAGCUGACAAAACAAGUAUCUCUAGUUUCAGUUCAAUCAACAAGAUCAUGAGCUCCACAGCGGCUCCAUCGUUCAGGGGAUCCACAGCGGCGUUGGCCAGCAUCGAGGUGGCCAUCGCCGCGCGACACCGAGCCAGCCUUCUGGCUCGCCACAACAAAAGCCAGACGGACAGCAUUGCGGCCUGCGAACAACGUAGAAAGAGCUACAUAUGCCGAGCCUGUGGGAAGGCUUUCUCCGGCCUGUCCAAUCUGGAGGCCCACGAGAGGGUCCACACGGGGGAGAAACCGUUCCGCUGCGACACCUGCGGGAAACGCUUCUCGGAGGCCGGCAACCUGAAGAAGCACCAGAGGGUUCACACCGGGGAGAAACCCUUCAGCUGUAACCAGUGUGGGAAGAGGUUCGCUUGGAUCUGCAACCUGAGGACGCACCAGCAGUCCGCCACAGGCUGUGGACUUGAGGUCAUGGGAGGCCUCGGACUGGGCUGAUCACAGAGUAGUUAGACUGUGAGUUAGGGCUGGGAGGUAUACCGGUAUUAAUUUCCCGUACAAUAUGAAUUUUUCCUAUACCAGUACACAGCCGAAACAACUUAUUUUGCUCUUCAACAGGCAGCAAAAUAUAUUGUUUGCCGCUGGGAGUACUCCGGUCGAAGCUAGUUUUCUUAGCUGUAUUGAGAGAGAACCCUAGUCAUGGUCAUAACUUUAUAACAACAAUUAACAACCCACAACUAACGCUCUUUAACAGGGCAAAACAC